CUUAGACUUAGUCAAAAAUUAAUCUGUAAAGUUAGCAGUAGUGUGACGAAUUGGAUCAUUGGUCAUUGUCUCGUGUGGAUCCCUCAUUAACUGGAAAGUGCAUCAUUAGCACAAGAUAAUGAAAAACUGGGAGAGGCUGAAGUUGCACAAGCAAGAUGCAAGCCUGAAGGGUACUAAGAUGACUUAUUUCCUAUACAUCUUUCUUGAGGGUAGGGAGCACCUUGCAGAUAAUUUUGUACGGGUGUGGAGAAGCUACAGUCCUUGGUCAAAUCUAUCUGCCUUGCCAAACACAUAGUUCUUGUAAGGGCUAUUCCUUCUAUGUCUGUUAUAGGGAAGAACAGGAAUGGUAAGAAAUACAGACUGCUUCCCAGUAAUGUUAGGAGAAGAUGUAAAGCCACUUUCCAGAGACAAAAUUCUCAUCACUAGGGUGUGUCUUAUGUUGAUGCAAGCCCGGCUAUGUCAGUGGGGAGGCCUAGAGUAAAUUGGACAGCUCCUUGCAUCCAUGGCAAUGCUCUGGACAUUGUUUGGAGGUGAGAGGUAAUUUUGCACUGGAACAAAUUAAAGGAGUAAUGUCUCUGUGGAUGCACCCAGGCUGAGGUCCUUACCUAGUCUGUGUUGGCACCCCUGUAUGCCUGGGCUAGCUUCGGUAUGAAAACUGGGCUUCUUUCUGAAAGAAGCUACAUGUAAAUCAGCUGGCACAUGUAACAGGGCUGUAGAAGUUGCCCUUACAGGCAGCACUUUGUUAGCCCAGUAAAUGCUGUCCCUUUUAUGGGUCAAAACCAAAAAGGAUUCUAGUACUGGUUAGAAAUAAGUAGGGCAGUUUUACUGAGUGUUUUGAUGAGCUGUUUUAAACAUUAGCAUCUGCAUGGGGAAGAAACACAAAAGUAAUUGAAAGUCAGUGAAUGCCAUGUUCUUUCUGGGCUGAUCAGUAAUGGAAAAGAGCUCUUGUUGUUUCAUGAUAGAUUGAGUGCAUACAGUUUAGGCUGUAAAAGAAUAUGGAAACAAGGUGUUGUUUGGUGGCUUAGUGUUUUUGAUGUGUGAAGAAUGAGUCUGUAGAAGAAUGUACAAAGGAAGAAUCAAUACUGAUAGACUUUGAAAAAUUUCCUCUGCAACAGCAUUAUAGAUGAAUAGGAGCUUCAUAAAGAUGAGUAGGUAAACUAGGCAAGUUUGUGUUUACCUUGAAGCAAAGGAUUUUGUAACUUUUGUCUCUCACCCCUAGGAAAUGGAUAUACAGCCCUGAGUAACUGUGGGAGGCAUCUUUUUGGCAGAGUAGGAAAACUGUUUUGGGCUUAAAUUUACAGCAGAAUAUUCACAAAAGAAGUCUUGGAGACAGACUGCAGUGAUAGGUCUGGAUUAGAGCAAGAGCUCUGAGUCAUCUGUUUAUAAUUGAAUAAAUGCUUAUGAAAGUACAGAGGCAGAGGAUAUAGUGAAACAAAAGAGGAACGAGGAAGGAGCCCUAACAGCACCACAGGACUUUGAGGGAUCCUCCCAUAUGAGAUCAUUGAAUGCUCUUUUUUUGCAAGUGGAAGUCAAAGGAAAUGGAUAGCUAUAUUGACUUCGGUGCAAAGAACCUGUCAUCAUCAGCCAAUAUGUCUAUUUCUUUGCCGGAACAAGUUGGACUCAAUGUCACUGAUGGUCCUCCUUCUAUGUCAAUAAGCAGGCUUUUUCCAGCCCUGUUAGAAUGCUUUGGAAUAAUUCUUUGUGGCUAUAUAGCUGGAAGAGCCAACAUUAUCACAUCAACUCAAGCUAAAGGACUAGGAAAUUUUGUCUCCCGUUUUGCACUCCCAGCUUUAUUGUUCAAAAACAUGGUGGUACUUAACUUUUCUGAUGUAAAUUGGUCCUUCCUGUACAGUAUCUUAGUUGCCAAAGCUGCCGUGUUUUUCUUAGUCUGCGUUCUAACAUUAUUGGUAGCCAGUCCUGAGAAUCGAUUUAGCAAAGCAGGUUUGUUCCCUAUUUUUGCUACACAAAGCAAUGACUUUGCGCUGGGAUACCCAAUAGUUGAAGCUCUAUACCAAACCACUUACCCAGAGUAUCUCCAGUACAUUUACCUAGUGGCUCCAAUAUCUCUUAUGAUGCUAAACCCUCUGGGUUUUAUCUUCUGUGAAAUCCAGAAAUGGAGAGACAAUCGCACUGUGUCCCACAGCAAAAUCAAAAUAGUGGGCCUAGCACUCCUUCGAGUUCUGCAGAACCCAAUUGUAUUCAUGGUCUUCAUAGGAAUUGCCUCAAACUUUAUUCUUGGCCAGAGAAUUCCUGAUUACCUUGAAAAUUUCCUUGAUGGACUGGGCAGUUCAUUUUCUGGCUCUGCACUUUUUUACCUUGGACUAACUAUGGUGGGACAAACAAAAAAACUGACAAAGGGUAUGUUUGUUGCACUGAUCCUUCUCAUCACAGCUAAACUACUUAUGAUGCCAUUUCUCUGUAGAGAAAUGGUGGAACUCCUGGACAAGAGCAGCAGCACGGUCAACCAUACCAGUUUAUCGAACUAUGCAUUUCUUUAUGGAGUUUUUCCAGCAGCACCUGGUGUUGCAAUAUUUGCAACUCAAUUUAAUAUGGAAGUAGGAAUUAUUACCUCAGGCAUGGUGAUAAGCACUUUUGUGUCUGCACCCAUCAUGUAUGUUUCUGCAUGGCUUUUGACCAUUCCAUCUAUGGAUCCCAACCCACUGGCAUCUGCUCUCCAGAAUGUUAGCUUUGACAUAAGUAUUGUCAGUCUUGUUUCUCUGGUAGGUGUUGGCAAAAUGAAAUACCAUUGCACACUGUAAUAUCAGGGAAGCUUUAGUACAUAAGCAGCAAAUCGAGCCAUGAUUUAAGAUGAGAUUGACAUUUCAUCAUUGGAUCCUGUUGCAGAAGGAUGAGGGAAGAGCUGAGUUUAAAAAAAAAAUCUGAAAAGCUGCACUGUGUGGAAGAACAACUUGAAGUGCUUAGAUAUCUCAGUAAUGCAAGCUAUGUAAAAACUUCUGCUGGAAUUGAAUUUAAACUCCUGAAAUGUUAAUGAAUAUUUAAUUAAUGACGUAGCAGUGAGAACAUUUAACUUGGAAGCUUUAAUUUAGCUUUAUCAAAUUCCAUUCCUGGUAGUUCUGGGUGUCUAAUCUAGAAAAGCAUACUGAAAUCUCAAAAGUCUGAUGUGAAUUGUAUUUUGAUUUCACAAGCACUAUGAAUAGUGUGCUUAGUCUUUUAAUUUUAAAUAAAAGCUUCUAUGUUGGAGAAAGCUGAUAACUUCUGA